UAAUAUUUGUGGUGUUUUUUUAUUAAUAAAAGCUCUCACAUAUUUCUACUAUGUUUGCUCCUUAAUUCACAAUCUUAUAAUUGGAAAGAGAAGGAAGUAGAACUAGAAUUCACAAUCUUACUAUUGUUUUUUGGUGUGUUGGGUGCAGCUAUAGAUAUGUACACUAGCACCAAACAAAAUUGCAUUGAUUAUAGGAGCGAAAUUUUCGAAGAACUUGAACAAUUAAUAACAUUUUCUGAUUCUCCUUCAUCCCAACCAGAACUCAAUUACCAUGAUGUUGGUGCAUCCAUUGGGCUCGAUUCCUCUGAAAUUGAUGAGUAUUGGCUUGAACCAUUUAACUCGAAAGAACCAGCACAACUUGAUGCUUCUUUUCUACAACAAGUUGCCCAUGAAACUGAUUCGCAAUCGAAUGUUCAUAUUGAUAGAUCUGGAAUUAGUCAAUCAAAGAAAAAAGUUGCAAAAGAGAGGAUAGAAAAAACUUAUGGGAUAACUCGACAGGUUUUGGAACAGCAGUAUUUUGGCAUGACUCUUGAACAAGCUGCUAAACAUCUAAAUGUUAGUAAAUCAACAUUGAAACGAAUGAGUAGAAUAUGUGAUAUACCUAGAUGGCCACAUCAUAAGACUAGAAAGGUUGAUCACCAUGUUAGCCAAGGCAUAUCUCUACCGGUUGUGGCAGAUCAUUUGGUUCUUAACAUGAAAAACAUGUCUACUGUUGUUGACGGGAGGUUACUUGAUAACAACGACCAGGUUCCUAUUGCUCCUCCAAGGGCUACUGACCUAGUAGCCAGUCUUUUGAAUGAUCUCCAUAUUGCCAGGGAACAGAAUGAUGCCCUCCAUACUGAAAUUGAGACUAUGCGCACUAACCUGGCUGAGUCACUGGGAGAAGUUGCUCGGUUAAAGGAGCAAUUGCUGCAGCAACAACAGGAUAGUAUUGCUUGAGUGGAUCAUCUUCUAAAUCUCCUGUCAUCAUCUCAUUCCCCUCGUCCUGAUUCUCUAUACCAAACUCAUCCUAUUUGCUUCUUAUUGUGUUGUGUAUCGUUUGGAUAUUGUGUUGGAGCUCUUCACUGGGCUUAAAACAUUGUGCAUCAUGUUUUGAUUGAUCUUUUGUAUCUUGUUUGGAUGAUUAAUAUCAUUAGAUUGUGUUGGUUGUAUCUAGUA